AUGGCCGCGCACGAGACCGCCGCCGCGGCGUCGAAGUACCAGCCGUCCGAUUUCUUGAAGGCCGUGCUCGGCCGCCCCGUCAUUGUGAAGCUGAACUCCGGCGUGAGCUACCGCGGCAUCCUCGCCUGCCUCGACGGCUACAUGAACAUCGCCAUGGAGCAGACGGAGGAAUACGCGCGACGCGGCGCACGCGAGACCGCGCGCGCGCGCGCCGCGCGCCGCGUCGACGGCCAGCUCAAGGCCAAGUACGGCGACUGCUUCAUCCGGGGCAACAACGUGCACUACAUCUCGACGAUCAGGCGUCCGAAGGGCUAG